AACUUUGACGGGUAAAAAGGGAAAUGCGUCACUAUUCAUGCGUCAGCAGAGGCAACGGAAAAACUAAAAUACACUGAUGAGGCAAAAUUUUCGUUUACAAUAACCUGCAAACUUUCCUUCUCCAAAAAGAAAAAAAAAAGCUGCAAAAUUUGCUUGUUCUGAACAAAGAAUCCAGAAGAAGGAGAGGAUACCUGUUGAUUCCUUUACCACUUAUAUACCUUUAUUGGAUCUGUGUUUUGCUGGGACCUGCCCUGACUGCGACGUUUCUUAAAGAUAUAAUAAUUCAUGGAAGCAGCCGGGGGUGGUGCUGCCUCCAAUGUGGCAUCUCUUGUCAAGUGGAGAAAUGAUUUCUCAAGGGCUUUCCAGUACUAUCUGGAUCGAUCAACACCUCAUUCGGUGCAAAGAUGGCUGGGCACUCUUGCAGCUACAGCAAUUUAUAUGUUGCGAGUUUACUACGUUCAAGGUUUUUACGUUGUGUCAUAUGCCCUCGGAAUUUAUAUCUUGAAUUUGUUAAUUGGGUUUCUCUCGCCAAAGGUUGAUCCUGAACUUGAAGUUUUGGAUGGAGCUUCUUUGCCAACAAAAGAAUCGGAUGAGUUCAAGCCUUUUAUUCGCCGCCUUCCCGAGUUUAAGUUCUGGUAUUCCAUCACCAAGGCUUUCUGUAUUGCCUUUCUAAUGACCUUUUUUUCUAUGUUUGAUGUCCCCGUCUUCUGGCCCAUAUUACUCUGCUAUUGGAUUGUUCUGUUUAUCCUCACAAUGAAGCGCCAAAUCAUGCACAUGAUCAAGUAUAAAUAUGUUCCAUUUAGUGUCGGAAAGCAGUUAAAACAUAAUCACUUGCCUCCUUGAUUGUUGACAGAGGUAUUCUGGGAAGAAUUCUGCUGCAAGUAGCAGUGGCAUAACGAAGGACUGAACUUUUCUUACAUCCAGAUCCAGUGCAGCCUUUUCAAACGUUUAGUUUAUAGGUUUUGGAUAAAUUAAAUACAUGUCAACUUAUAGAACACAUGCAAAAUUCAAGCUGGUUGCCUCUUUUGAUUUUGUAUUUUAUUAGCAGAUGUUACUGGCAUGCCUUCGCAUACACACCUUUCUGAAUUGGCUCAUUCUAUUUCUUUGUACACCCUUUCUUUUCCCUCUUUCUGACUUCAUCUUUUUCCAUUUUUUUAAGGGAAUCAAAUCUUGUAUAUGAUCAGCCACCACAUUUUGUUUAGUGUAUGAGGUUGUUUGAGCUGUCAA